AAGACAAGUUUGCGUUUACGAUGUGGACUAUUCCUGACGGAUGGUUGGAGUAUGCUCCUUUUCGUAAUCCACUCCACAUUUGCGGUGCCACGUUGUUACCAAUCAAAACACCGCUUUCUGAGGGUUUUAGCAGAAGUUCACGAAAUGUUAAUGGACUAACUCGCAAUGAAGAGUUUACUCCAACUCAGUUUAUCAAGAAGCUUCAAGAGCGUGGCUGUGAAUUGGGCAUGAUUAUUGACCUUACGUUUACAACUCGAUAUUACAAUCCACAAGUGUUUUUGUCUCAUGGAGUAAAACACGUAAAAAUCAAAUGCCCUGGUCAAGAGGUGCCAUCUGAUAGGAUUUAUGAAGAGUUUGAAGAGCAUGUCCAGCAGUUCCUUGCAGAAAACGGUAGCUGUGGCAGGAAAAAAGUUAUCGCUGUUCAUUGCACACAUGGCAUUAACAGAACAGGCUAUUUAGUGUGCAGAUAUUUGAUGAAACACGAACGAAUGGACGAUACAUCAGCUCUUGCAGCAUUUGAAAAAAGCAGAGGAUAUGCAGUUGAAAAGAACCACUACGUUACAGCGUUGCAUCAGAUAGCUGCAGAGAAAUGCCAAUAUUCCAAGAAACGACGGGACUUUGGCCAGGCCUUCAGGCCAGGCAGUAACAAGUACGUGAAGAGAGAUGACUGGGUGGGUAAAGGAAGGCAGUCGGACGUAGCAAGUAGUGGAGACUGGUCAACGCAAUGUGGUGAUUUCAAAUUGGUAGACAAAAAGGAGGCAUUUGAAAGAGAGAGCAGGUACUCAGACGAUGGUCGACGUAAUCAGUUGUACUAUGGCCGAAAUAGUCAGUCAUACUACGGUCGAGAUGGUCGGUCAGACUAUGGCAAGAAUAGUCGAAACAGUAGCAAGUUUUUGUUGGAUACAGACAGGGAUAGCUCUAGACAGAGUAGAUCACACAAAUGGUCUCAGAGCAACCGGUGGCAUGGAGAGAGAUCACACUCUGACGUGUAUUCAAGACCCUCUCCUGUUGGUCGAUCAAAGGCUUAUAAAGACCAUUCUAGACGCUGGGCACCUUACUGACCUGACGAGAGGCAAUUUGCAUUGCAACUUUUUACUGUUGGUGAACACUGAGUGAAUUUUAGCUUCACAUGUUCGUGUAUUAGACAUCAUGUGCUUCACAGAGUAAUUGUAAGCACGUGUUGGUCCAUGUAUCCUAUUGCACUGUAUGCUACUAGCUUAACAUAGUGUGCAGCACUCUCAAAAUCAGCACAAACACCCGUUGUUUCGCUUGUAUUUUAGCAUGUCCUAGCUAAGUGUAAUUAAGAACAUGAUCAUAAUGCAA